UUUCGAUCUAGUUCUCUCAAUUCGAUUGAUUUCUUAGAAAAUUCAAAACGUUUCGCUAGUUUCCCCAACCGUUUCAAUUCAGAAAUUCACUGCAAAUAACAGAGGAAUCGCCAACUCCGACCGCUCGCCUGGUACCCGACGGCAAACAGCCCCGCAUCCAUGGGUCAUCGGAAUAUUUGCUGUGAUGGUUGCAAUCGUCUGAACUUCUUUGGUCGUCGCUUCAAGUGCCUGCGUUGCGUGAACUAUGAUCUAUGCGGGGAGUGCUAUGACCAGCGUAUAGAAACGCACGAUCACUCUGUGGACCAUCCCAUGCAGUUGAUUCUGGAGAAUCAGUUGCCCGAACUGAUAUUGCCUGGCGAGACACUGGAGUUAAUGCAUCUGCCCAAUUGCUAUACCUGUCCCUACUGCGGUCUCUUCGGGCAAUCGGCUAAGCAGUUGAUCGAUCAUGUCGUUACACUGCAUCGUCUCUCCGACACCUAUGUGGUGUGUCCAAUGUGCUCGGUUCUACCGGGCGUCGAGCUCGUGACCAUUAGAAACCUGGCCCGUCAUCUACUGCUCAACCACACCGAGCACGCCAAUUCAUUGGACCCGGAUACGCCGCCGUUGCGGGCGUCUUUGGGACGCGCAUCGCGCCGGCGCCGACGCCAGACCAGUACUAGCAACUCCUCCACGUACAGCCAAAGCAACAGCAACAGCAACAACAAUAACAACAACAACAACAACAGCAUAAGCAGUGUCAGCAGCAGCGUCGACUCCGAGGCGGGCAUUGACAUUUUAUUUCAGCUUACAGAAAUGAGACGCUUGCGCCCGAAUCUGGCCAACCUAAGUACGCGCUGGCCCCUCGCCCAGCAAUUGGAUAACAUAGAGGAAAUAUCUGAGGAUGAGGUACGCGCCCGUUCUGCAAAUCUGUCAACAAGUGUCGCCGCCGAACCCUUAAUCACGCGCACCAUUGAAGAGCUGACCUUAUCGCUUUGCUCCCCGCCAACGACCACCGAACGACCCGACGCGGAUAAGUUUUUGUUACUGAAAUGGAUUGCGGCAGAAGAGGAGCGGACACAGGGCGCAGAGGAGGUCUCGCACCAGCGCCAAUGCCAUCGAGUAUUCACAGAGCACUUGCUUCUCUCCAUGCUAUGCGAGCGCGAGCUAAGGUUGCCAGAACAGAAUGUGGAGCCUGUGGUAAAUCGGAAGCUAAUCCCUACCAUAGAAAAAGAGGAUAAGGAACUGGUGCUCGCCCUCAAAGACUCAGAUGAAGGUAGGGAACCAGAAGAAUCAAAAGCAAAGCCACGCCGGUCUGAAGUCAUGAAAUUAAUGGCUCUGCCAUGGGCCUGGGCCUGGCAAGCGUACAGCAAGAUACAGUUUAUAGAGCUGGAGGGCGUUACUUUAGACGAGAGCGAAGUGAAUGGGCAGGAGUUGAUCCAGCAGCAUGAAAAGGACGAGAAGGAGGUGGAUAUCGAUUGAUCCAAACAGUGCGAAAUUUCCGGUUUUUGUAGUAGGGGGCUUUUUCUUCUUUUUUCUUCGGCAAACGUUUCCUUAAAAUUCUUUAAAAUUAUUGUACAAAUUUCAAAUUUUAUAUGUGAACAUUUAUUUUAUUUUGAAUUUGCUGAAAAA